UUUAGGACUACCCCUAUGCGAGUGGAGCCAUGACCAGCCUCGGUCGAGUGCGUCUUUCCACGCACAGCUCGUCAGUGGUCGCCGAGUAGGCCGUGGGAGAGGAUUUCUGUUUGCGCUUCGAAUUUCGUCGUGUCGCGGGUGUGCACCAAAAAUUUCGACGACGAAUCGUCAAUUACAUUUUUCAUUUUUUUUCCGCGCGUAACGCGCACACCAGCCCCGUACGCCAUGCGAGCCCAAGGGUGAAUCGAAUCUCGUACCGCGGUUGUGUUUCUCGCAGAGAACCUGGAUGCAAGAGUGCACAUGCACGCAAAGCUGGCGCGUCUCCUAGCGAACUCCUCGGCGGCCAUUUGAACGUCGCCCAUUCGUUUCGAGAAACGGAACACCGUCUCAGCGAACUCGUCUCCACCAUUCGACCAAAAUGGCGAGCACGUCGCAGCAGUACUGCCUGCGAUGGAACAACCACCGCUCGAAUUUGCUGACGGUGUUCGACGAGCUGCUGCAGAACGAGGCGUUCACCGACGUGACCCUGGCCGUGGACGGUGGCGUCUCUGUAAAGUGCCACAAAAUGGUCCUCGCGGCGUGCUCUUCCUACUUCCAGACCCUGUUCAUCAAUCUACCUUGCAAGCAUCCCAUAGUCGUGCUCAAGGACGUCAAGUACUCCGAGAUCAAGGCCAUCCUGGAGUACAUGUACCGUGGGGAGGUGAAUGUGGCUCAAGAGCAGCUGGCAGGCCUGCUGAAGGUUGCGGAGGUGCUGAAGGUGAAGGGUCUGGUCGAGGAGAACGGCUCCCAGGGUCGUCGCGAGGAGGUGGAGACGUCCAUGUCGCCUCCACCAGCUAUCAGCACGAGCACCACAAGCAGCGUGGCUCACAGCAGCGGGCACACCUCACCGCCUCACUCUACGGGCACUUCCUACAACAUGUAUGGGAGAUCUCCUGUGGAGCAGGCCUCGAAUCGCCUCCCCUUACCCAUGUGGCCUCUCUCAGGGCUUCCCAUCUCCCACACGAGCUCCAGUCACCAGACAACCUCCCAUUCUCAACACUCUUCUUCUAUCCUGACCGGUUCCUACAACAACGGCUUCGAGACUUCUCCCCUGAAACGUAAGAAACUCUCCAAUAUGCUGAUGAACAGGGACACGCCCAUCCUCAGGACGGUCCUGGGCCAAGGCCACGCGGAUAGCUCACAAGGCAUACCUCUGUUGCACCCAGACGAGGGACACUUUCGGAACACCAGCAACGGCUCCUCGAACGAGAACGAGAGACGCAGCAGCACGGACGUCACGCACCCGGAAACCGCCCACAGCCCUUACACGGACGUCUCCAUGAUGGACGAGGACGACAAGCAGCCGUCGCCGCAGUCUUACACUGGGGACGUCAAGUCAGGUAUCGCAAACUACGUUCCAACCCAGAAGCCGGAAUGGAAGCGUUACAAACAGUACACGCGAAACGACAUAAUGUCGGCGAUAGAGGCUGUGCGGGCUGGGAUGAGCGCGUUGCAGGCGGCACGUAAGUACGGGGUACCUUCCAGAACCCUUUACGACAAGGUGAAGAAGCUGGGUAUCACGACGUCGCGACCUUUCAAGCGCGGCUCGAACGGGAGCGGCGCGUGCUUUCCAUACGGGAUCGGAGGCAAUGCGAACGGUGGCAUCUACGGCGGUACCUUCUCCGAGAACGAAAACGAGAACAGCAGUAACACGGCGAUGGAGAGUCCCGGGUCGAUAAUGGAAACGUACAAGCCUAGAGAUUGUCAGAUGGAACGCGACAUACUGGACAUAACACGGUGCAGUCCAAGUCCCAGCCCGGUGAUGCAUUCCGUCAAGCAACAGAGCAACGAGGACCAAGUGGAGGACCUUUCCGUGAGCCGCAAGCCGGACGUCCGCGUGAUAGUACCGCCAACGUCGGUGAUAAAAGAUGAAGAGGGUGUUGGCUCGGACUCCUGCAAUCACAACUAACAGAGGAUAUGUUUGUUGUUUCUCGAUAUCGUUGGGAAGCUCGUCAGGCUCCCAACAGCAACUGGACGUACUAUAUCUCGGUUAUAACAGCACCAAUUGUAAGGGUUUUAGGUAAUUUAAGAGAACGGGGCUUAGACAAAAUUAUACGUGGGAGUCUACAUUGUCCUACGAAGCUGAUGGGUGAAACUCUGUUGGGUAAUGUUUGUAGCUCGCUAUUUGUAAAGACAAUCUCACGUUUGUGCCUCAGGGGGAGCAAGGUGUUACCGAAAUGGAGGAGUAAGCAACCGAAUCGUAGCCAGUUAAGUAAGCAGGUUGUUUGGCGAGACUCAGGGAUUAGCAGUAUGUUACCACUGUAACGAUAACCCAUAGAAUGCAGACGUUCGUUAGAACCAAUAAGGAUACCAAGGAUACCGAUUCUUGAGGUUCUUGAGAUUCUUCUAUUUUACACAAGACUGAUUAAUGCGUUGUGGAUAUUAGAGACUGAAAUAGGAACUUACGUUCCAAAGUUGUUAAAGCCUAAUGCUGACAAUUGUGCCUUUUACUUGCAUCGAUAAUCCUUGUCUGAAGUUAUCUAGCGACACUUACACUUAAUCGGGCGUUGAAGAUCCUCCGUCGAACAAUCUUACACGAUUCAUUUUAUUAUCUCGUUCUAAAAAUAUAUAUUCGAAUCGCAUUAAGCUUUAAAACUUCUGGACCAGUGAGUAUGCAUGUACAAUUUUUUAUUACUUAUUAUUGUGAUUCGAUAUCUUUUCAUUUCCUUUGGCAAUCGACAUAGUACUAUUAGAGGUUUAAUCGAGUUCGAUGGAUCGAGACGUGUAAAACGGGGGGUUGUAUAUUAUUUUAGCAAUUUUAUUAUUUUUCUUUCAACAAAGAUAUACUCCUAUCUUCGGCGUUAAAUACUGUCGAUGGGACAUUAUUACGCGAAAGAGGAAAAGAGAAAAAGAAUUGUACACAAUUAAUUUCGUUAACGACUGAGAUAUCGCUGUUAAUUUGUUGGUAAUUAUAAGAUUACAUUAUCGUUACUGAUCAUGGCCCUGGGAUACAGCUGCAAUAUUGCUCAAUAUUAUAUGGAUUAUACAUACAAUAACGAACUACCUCAUCGUACAACGAACAUGAUCGUUCAUUAACGUUUAAGACUGAUAGAAUGAGCCGAACCUGCGUUACCAGCUCGACGAAACCGUGUUCAUUUUUUUCUUCUUUUUUUUUUUUAUUUUAUUUUAUUUUACUGAUAUAUGUAUACACGAGAGAAGAGUAUAUAUAUAUACACACACACAUAUAUAUAUAUAUAUUAUAUAUAAGUUAUGAAAAGUAUAUUAUAUUAUGAGAAGAUAUAAAUUUUUAAUUAUGAUAUAGUUAUAGAGUACGAGAGAGCAGUUGUCUUAAUUAUGUUACGGAUACAAUGAUUCAUAGACACUAAUUUGUUACGUAAAGUCUCAGUCGUCUCUGUAAAUCGUUGUAUUCGAUAUUUCGCGUUGUCUCUUGUAUCGAGACUACAUUGUUCGAUGUGUUUUUCAUAUAAAGUUGCGUAGAUCACGAGUUUUACGCAUUUGGGGAUACUCUCGACGCGGAGAUACGUAAAUCGAUUUUUUUUUUUUUUAUAUAGAGAAUUUUCAAAGGAGGACUUCGUACAUACAGAUAUAUCGCAAUGUCCAUCAGG